AUGUUUGGAAAUGCGAACAGUAGGAAGUUCGGCAAGGAAAAAACGAAUAUCCUGCCAAUUCAAGAGAUUCAAAUAAAAGCCAAUCUAAAUGGGAAUGGCAGAUCAAUUUUAUCGGUUCGUAAUGAAGUCCGAGCCGCCGAACCGAAGUUCUCCAUUUACUACGACUCUGAGGUGGAUGUGCACAAACCAAAGAAAAUAAAUGAAGCGAAACAAUCGGGGAAGGUUGUGGAGCAUAAGGAAAAUAUGACAAUUACUGCGAAAUCGGACAAAGCAACUGGAGCAUUUCCGAAGACUAAGAAUGCUGGUCUGAGUCUGCGACCUUCGCAAGUGGCGGGGCUGAGUUUUAAGCCAACGCAAGGCAGUAACGUUCCGCCGCAGAAGCCAAAUCGCAAAGGCAAACCAGUCGUGAUUCCUCCUCCAGACGAAUUCGCAUUUUAUGACGACUCCCCGAAGCCGUUGUCUGAAGUUUCUCCGCCGUCCACUCAAGAUUCUGCUGACAGCAUUGAUGGGUUACCAACCAACUGCUUUGCUCUACCAAGACCGUCUAUGGAUAAGAGCCGCAUUUCAUUGCAUAAGCAGCAGGAAGAUGAAAUGUGCAAGUUGAAGGAGUAUGCUGAGGACAUCUUCAAAUAUCUCACCGAACAAGAGAAAAACUUCCGUCCACGCCCAAUGUACAUGCAUCAGCAACCUGAUUUGGCUCCUCACAUGCGCUCAAUGUUGGUCGACUGGCUUGUUGAAGUUGCUAUUGAAUACAAGCUGUCUGAUGCAUGUUUGUUCAUGGCUGUUUCCUACAUUGACCGAUUCUUGUCCUACAACAAAAUUUUCCGGUCGAAGCUCCAGUUGCUGGGCACAACGGCCAUGUUCAUCGCUGCGAAAGUGGAAGAAAUCUACCCGCCGGAAAGUGAAGAGUUCGUCUUCAUUACGGACAAUACCUACAGCAAGGAGCAGCUGCUCAAGAUGGAAACAUUCAUAUUGAUAGCUCUAGAUUAUAGGAUGACAUGUGUGACACCUCACACGUUUUUUGCGAAGUUCGUUUUGGACAUAGAGGCUCCUGAGACUGUUCGAAAUCUCUCUUCGUAUUUGUUGGAGUUGGCAAUGAUGGAGGGAGGAGAUAUCCUCAACUAUCUGCCAUCGGUUCAGGCUGCUGCUUCAGUUGCCCUUGCGGCUCACACGUUGAUGGUUGGCGAGCUGUGGAAAGACAUGUUUAGAAAGACUGAAAGCGGUGGCGAGUAUUCCAGUCUGCUCUACAUUCCCGCAGGAUACCUCAUAGGACAGGAUGUGAAGAAUUGCACAUCGAUGAAUUCGACUUUACUGCACCGGUUGUUUUGUAGUCUCAUGGAUCAGAAGAGCAGUGCUUUCGUCGACCCCGAUGCCAUAGAGCUGGGGAUUCCUGGCUUCGAACAUCAACUUCAUGAGCCGGCCUUCGCGUACCCGCUCCCCGAAGUGCGAGUCAGUGAUGAUCUUGUAGGCGAACCCAAGGCCCGACGGGUAAUAGGACAAGUCAUCAGUGUUGCCGCAGUCAUUGGAAGUGCAAACCGGGUUUGCCCAGGCCUCGUAGCUUCGUCCACCGGCGAUGGCGAAUCCGUCGCUUUGACACGCCGUUCCUGCACUCGUCCCACCGACUGCCCCGAUCGCGAACACGAGUUCAAAGUGGUCGUCCUUGGUUCCGGAGGUGUCGGCAAGAGCGCCUUGACGGUUCAGUUCGUAUCAGGGUGCUUCAUGGAAAAAUAUGAUCCUACCAUUGAAGAUUUCUACCGCAAAGAAAUUGAAGUUGAUAGCUCGCCAUGUGUUCUUGAAAUACUGGACACUGCCGGAACUGAACAAUUCGCUAGCAUGCGUGAUCUUUACAUAAAAAACGGCCAAGGAUUCAUCGUCGUUUAUUCAAUCACCAAUCAUCAAACGUUCAUGGAUAUAAAGUCCAUGCGAGACCAAAUUACUCGAGUCAAAGGUACUGAUCGUGUGCCCAUCCUGCUUGUGGGUAACAAGAAGGAUAUGGACGCGCUGCGUGAAGUCCAGCCGGUGGAAGGCGUUGCACUUGCUCAACAAUGGGGAUGUCCCUUCGUCGAAGCAUCGGCGAAAAGUCGACAAAACGUCAACGACGUAUUUGUCGAGAUCGUCCGCGAAAUGAAUUUCUCGGUGCCGAAAGACAAGUCGAAUUAUCUGUGCUGUCGCAUUUCGUGA